GAGUCGCAAAACACAUCUACCUAUAUUAAACAUCUGUGGAAUCUGUGGAAGUAUGUGCAGUUCUAAUAAAUAUCCUAAAAUGACUAAAGUAAGACCGUUGGUUACAAUUUUGAACGUUGGCAAAAUUAAGUAUGAAAGUGGUUUGGCACUCCAAACAUAUCUGACAAAGCAUCAGCCUAAUGAACCUCACACAGAUUUCCGGAAUUACUUGGUACUGCAGGAGUUUCACCCGGUUUUUACGAUAGGUAUAAGAACCAAAUGUUAUACAAUAAAGGAUGAACAGAGGUUGUUAAAACUAGGAGCGGAUUUUUACAGAACAAAUCGCGGUGGCCUAAUUACUUUCCAUGGUCCUGGUCAACUCGUGGCAUAUCCCUUAUUACACUUAAAACAAUUCAAUCCCAGUAUGAGGUGGUAUGUGUCUACACUGGAAACUAUGGUCAUUAAAACCUGCAGGGAAAUGGGUCUUAACGAUGCAACAACUACGAAAGAUACUGGAAUUUGGGUUAAAGACCGUAAAAUUUGCGCUAUUGGCGUUCACGGCGGACGAUAUAUUACGACUCAUGGAAUCGGCUUUAAUUGUUGCACCGACUUAAAAUGGUUUGAUUAUAUAGUUCCCUGUGGUAUUGAAGGAAAAGGGGUUACGUCGUUGAGCCAGGAACUCAAAAGAGAAGUUACAGUUGAGGAAACAUCACGACAAUUGGUUAAAACUUUUUCAACAGUUUUUCAAUGCGAUGUCCAGGAAAGCCCUAAACAUGUUUCAAGCGAUUUACUAAAACUGUCACUAAAAUUUUGUUCAAAAAACCCGUAAGAAGGCUACUCGGCAUAACUAAAUAUAGUACCCAUAUGGGUCGAUUGUGGUUACCUAUUUGUUGUUUGACAACGCCAUCGAAAUAAACAUUUGUAUUACGAAUGACAACUUUUGUAAA